GGCAUGCUGCUGCCUGUCUUGGCGGGGCUUGCCUUCUCGGCGUGGGGGGCAGCGGGCGCCCAGGAGAGCCCCCCGGGCAGCCGCUUCGUGUGCACCUCGCUGCCUCUGGACGCCGCCAACCCGGGCUGCCCGCUGCCCCCCAUCCCCAUGCAAGGGGGCGGGCUGCCCCCCGAGGAGGAGCUGAAGGCCACCGUGCUGCAGCUGCGGGAGACCAUCCUGCAGCAGAAGGAGACCAUCGGCAACCAGCGCGAGGCCAUCCGCGAGCUGACCGCCAAGCUGGGCCGCUGCGAGGGCGCCGACGGCAAGGGCGGCACGUGGCGGAAGGAGUUCGGCAAAGGCAAGGACACCAUGGGCGACCUGCCCCGGGACCCCGGCCAGAUCAUCGACCAGCUCAGCCGCACCAUGCAGACCCUCAAGGAUCGCCUGGAGAACCUGGAGCACCAGCUCCGAGUCAAUGUGUCCUAUGCAGCUCUCCCUAAUGAUCUCAGAGAGAUGCUUCAGAGAAGGCUGGGAGAUUUAGAGCGCCAGCUUUUGAGCAAAGUUGCAGAACUGGAGAAUGAGAAAUCCCUGCUCCAUAAUGAGACGUCCACCCACCGGCAAAGGACUGAGGCAGCCUUGAAUGCCCUUCUGGAAAGAGUUUCCGAGCUUGAAAGAGGAACCAGCGCCUUUAAAUCUCCGGAUGAGUUCAAGGUCUCCCUUCCACUCCGCACCAAUUACCUGUAUGGGAAGAUCAAAAAGACCCUGCCCGAGCUGUAUGCCUUUACCGUCUGCCUGUGGCUGAAGUCCAGCGCGUCUCCGGGAAUAGGGACACCGUUCUCUUACGCCGUCCCUGGGCAAGCCAAUGAAGUCGUGCUGAUUGAGUGGGGGAACAACCCAAUUGAGCUGCUCAUUAAUGACAAGGUUGCCCAGCUCCCUCUGUUCAUCAGCGAUGGCAAAUGGCACCAUAUCUGCAUCACGUGGACAACAAGGGACGGCAUGUGGGAAGCUUUCCAGGAUGGAGAGAAGCUUGGCACGGGGGAUAACUUAGCUCCUUGGCACCCCAUUAAACCUGGAGGAGUCCUGAUCCUUGGUCAGGAGCAGGAUACUGUUGGAGGAAGGUUUGAUGCAACUCAAGCCUUUGUUGGGGAAAUGAGCCAGUUCAAUAUAUGGGACCGAGUCUUGAAGCCUGAAGACAUCAUGAAUAUUGCUAACUGCUCCACCAACAUGCCUGGCAACAUCAUCCCCUGGGUUGACAACAACGUGGAUGUGUUUGGCGGGGCAGCCAAGUGGCCUGUGGAGACCUGUGAAGAGCGGCUGCUCGAUUUGUAG